AUGUCUGAACCUCCCGUGGACCCGGCGCAAGCUUCCGGCGCUGCCCCGCCAGCCGAGGGCGAAGCUGGCCCGUCGAAGAAGGGAGCGAAGAAGGCCGAAGCCAAAGCCAAGAAGGAAGCAGAAAAGGCACGGAAGGCUGCUGAACGUGAAGCUGCUGCCGCUGCCCAGAAGGCCGCCAGUGGGGGGAACGAGGAUCUCGCCAAGGACAACUACGGCGAAAUCACCCCGACCACUAAAGUCGAUGCCGAGAAAGUACAGCUGAAGAAGUUGGGCGAGGAACAUGUUGGGAAGACCGUCAAGCUUCGAGCAUGGAUCCAAAACGCCCGUAUGCAAGGCGCCAAGAUGGCCUUUGUCGAGUUGAGAGAGGAGCGAAACUGGUCAAUACAAGGUGUUAUGGCUGCGAGUCCCGAAGGCAAGCCAGUGAGCAAGCAGAUGGUGAAGUGGGUGGGCGCUCUGAGACUGGAGAGCUUCGUCUUGGUCGAGGCUAAGGUUCAGAAGCCUCUUGAGCCCGUAAAGAGCUGCCGUGUUAGCGAGUACGAACUCCAUCUGACAAAAGUCUACCUGGUGGCUGCGGGCCCCGAGGUGCUUGGUUUAAGUCUCAACGCGUCGAACCGAGCGGUGGCAAGCUUCGAAGACGAGGACCCGUCACAGGCGGCCGCCCCGACUGAGGGCGUGGAAACCCUCACCCUUACCGAUGGCGCCGCGGCCCCUUCAGCCAGCUUGUCGACGCAUCUCAACAACCCAGUCAUGCAUAAGCGAGCGCCUGUGCAGCAGGCUAUUGCCGAUGUCCGUAUGACCACGCGGAAGCUCUUCAGCCAAUAUCUGGAAGAGAGAGAAUUCGUGCAGUUCGAGCCUCCGUGUCUGAUCGGUGCCGCUUCUGAGGGUGGCGCAAACGUGUUCGCGAUGCCUUACUUCGACAAGAAGGCAUACCUGGCACAAUCACCCCAGUUCUACAAGCAGUUCGAGAUUGCUGGUGGACGGAAACGUGUAUACUGUAUCGGACCUGUUUUCCGAGCCGAGAACUCCAACACACCGAGACACAUGACUGAGUUCACCGGCCUCGAUAUGGAGAUGGAGAUCGAGGAACACUACCACGAGGUCCGUGACAUGAUCGAGGGACUCAUGAUCUACAUCUUCCGAGGCCUUCAGGAGAAGUGCAAAGAGCAAAUUGAGAUCAUCAAAGCCAUCUAUCCAUCUGACGACUUCCUCCUACCCGAACCUGGAAAGGAGGUGAGAUUGACCUUUGCCGAAGGCCAAAAGCUGCUGCGCGAGGAGGGUCCAGAGGAAUACCGCAACGUCAGCGAUGACGAAGAUAUGAGCACACCUCAGGAGAAGGCAUUGGGUGCGUUGAUCCGCAAGAAGUUCAACACCGACUUCUACGUGCUCGACAAGUUCCCCGAGGGUGCUCGUCCUUUCUACACAAUCGAGGACCCCGAAAACCCCAAGGUCACGAACGCUUAUGAUUUCUUUAUGCGCGGACAGGAGAUCCUCUCGGGCGGUCAACGUAUCCACAUCCCCGAGCUGCUGGAAGCCCGAAUUCGCAAGAAGGGCAUCGACCCCGCCAGCGAAGGAAUCAAGGAUUAUGUCGACGUGUUCAGAUCUGCUGGCGUUCCACCUCACGGAGGCGGUGGUAUUGGGCUGGACAGAGUCGUGGCAUGGUUCCUUAACCUGCCCAGCGUUCAUUUGACAAGCUACUACCCUCGAACACCGAAGAGACUUUUGCCUUAG